AUGAAGCUUCUAUCAGCUUUUCACUCUACUCAUAGUCCCUCCAGGGUGUCCUGGAUCUUCCCCGGGGCCUCCUCCCGGUGUGGUGCCUUUUAUUUUGCUGUGACGGUGCGCCAUGAUCCAUUCCAUGUAGAGGAAACCCUGACAGUAAAGCAUUCUUCAGUUUUCACAUCCCUUUUCUCCUUACAGUGGAAGAAGCCGUCUGCUCCCAGCUCUCCUCUGUCCAGCCUUGAAUCAUCUCGCUCUCAGACUCCAGAAGGAGCCUCUAAAAGAACCAGAGAGGAAGACAUCCAGUCUCCCAGCUCAGCAUCUUCUGUGAGAUCAGAUCACACAAUGUCAGAGAAAACACCCGAUACUUCAAAACAAACUCCAGUCCCCAAAGUUCCUGUCACAACAACAAGAGACUCAACUGGAAGUGGUGGGAAAAGAAAAAGAAAGAUCCAGCUGGUGUCCAGCAACCGGGAUGAUCAAAUCUCUCUGCCUCCACCCCCUGAGCUGGGCUACACCAUCACAGCUAGAGAUCUGGACGACGAGAAAAAGGCAGCCAUCAGUAAGAUCCAGAAAGUCCUGGAGACUCCUGCCUCAGAACCAGAAAAGUCCAUGCCUCCAGAAGCCUCCACCUCAACUCAACCUGCUGCACCCACAGCCACACUGAGCAGCCUCCUGGCAGCUCCUCUGCCCACAUCCACCUCUGUCGUUCCAGUCAUUAACCUGGACCCGAUUCCUGGUGGCAGCAGCAGUGCAGCAGCCCCUGCAGGCCCCAGCACUCUGCUGGAGGCCCUCAAAGUGAAGAUCAGUGACCCCACCAGCUCCAUGUCUGUUGCCAACACCACCACAGUGUCUGCAUCAGCCACAGCUCCACCUGCCACCACCUUUACCCUGAAGACCUCCACCCCAGUCCCUAACGCCCCACCUGCCUCUCAGUCCCAGUCCCCCUCCUCUGCUGCUGCUGUGGGCCAACCCUCUGCCUUCACCCAGGUGCUGGCUCAGGUUUCCAAGGCAACCACCAGCAUUCCUGCUGCACCUAUAACUGGACCGACCCUGUUUGGGCUGCCAGCUCUGAUCAGCACCUCCUUUGCUCCUUCAAUCUCCACCACCACUGCUCCACCUCUAGCUCCAACCAGCAGCUCUCAGCCUAUCAGCACGACCAACCCUCUCCUGACCGCCGUGUUCAAGCCCAUCUUCGCAGCCGCCACAACCACUUCCUCAUCUGCAGCCUCAUCAGAAACCAAACCCCUGCCCCAGAACUUCAAGCCCAUCUUUCCGCAGCCCCCCUCCAUCUCUGCCACCUCCACAGCCUCCACCCUCUCUGCCACCACCAUGUCCGUGUUUGGUGUGACGACCAGCAGCUCCAGUUCGUUCUCUGGCUUUAACAAUGCUUCAGCUGGCAUCGCCACGACGACUCUGCCUGCAACCCUGCCGGGGGUUAAAUCCCUCUUUGGGAACUGGUCCGCACCGCCCACAACCACAACCAGCAGCUGCAGCUCUGCUUCAGUGCAGCUUCCGAGCACAGGGAGCAUGUUCCAGUUUGGAGCUGCAGCCACCACUGCUGCAGCAACAACUGCUGCAUCUGCUCCUGCAAUAUCCAAACCAAGCAACUUCAGCUUUGGAGCCGCGCAGUCGGAUCCCCAAGCUUCCAAAGUGUUUUCCUUCGGUCAGCCCUCAUCCAGCCAGAGCACCACUACUGCUUCGUUUGGGGGAUUUGGUCUGGCCAACACGGUUUCCACCGUCGCUCCCACUGCAACUGCGGCUCCGACUGCCGCCACCACCCACCCCACCCAGCCCACAUUCACUUUUGGAAAGCCAGCAUUUGAAGCACCAGCAGCCCAGCCGGCCUUCAGCUCUUCGUCGGGUCCCCUGAAGCCCUUCACCUUUGGGAGCAGUGGCGCAUCAUCCACAACUGCUGGCACCGCCACAGCACCGGCUCCAUUCACGUUCGCAGCGCCCGCUCCCGCCGCUGCUGUCGCUACAUCAGCUCCCACCUUUGGGACUCCAGCUAAACCAGUGUUUGGCGCCGGCUCCACUGGUUUUGCAUUUGGUGCCAAUGCAGCCCCUUCAGUCACACCAAGCUUCGGCGGAUCAACACAGACUCAGAGCUCCUCCACCUCUACGUUCCCAUUCGGAAGUAGUAGCGGCGCUGCCCAGUCAGCAGCCUCUGGAUCAGCUCAGCCUGCGACUGGUGGAUUCAACUUCGGAGCCAGUAUGUCAUGCCCCCAGUUCGGAACACCAGUUUCUAGUAAUACGGCACCGCAGAUGGGAAGCUUCAACUUUGGAGCAGGUGCUGCUGCAGACAAGCCAGCUUUUGGGACAUCGACCCCGUCGUUUGGCCAGGGUGCCACUCCAGGUCCGAUUCCCUUUGGAAGUCCAGCAACUCCAGUCCAAGGCUUUAAUGCUGGUCCUUUCGGGUCUCCUGCAACCCCCACCUUCUCUAUUGGAGCCGGAUCAAAGCCGUCCGGUGCACGUCAGAGGUUGCAGGCACGAAGGCUGCAUAACAGGAAGAAGUAACCGAUUGAACGUUCCGACACCAUUUCUGGAGGACCAUGGCAAGCCUGACUGAUACACCUCCGUGGUUUUAGCUCCAACAUCCUCCAAUCAGGCUGCCGCCCUCCUCUCCCUUGUUUCCUCCCAGUCCAACAGCAGUGUGUGCUGGCCCGGAGCGCUGAUUUAGCAGAGGAGUUAGCGAAUGUCACAGCAUGAGGGAAUCAACCACAACAAUGUGUUAUACUUGAAGAAAGACAGAACAGACAGUCAAGUUGUUGGAUUCUGAACAAAAAAUGACAUCCAAAGUUUCUCGUUCUCUUUCAGUACAUGGACACUCCUGCCGAUUUUGUCCAGAGGAGAAAGCUGAGACGUUUAUUUUUUUACGUAAUCUCUGGUUUGUAUGUUACCGAAUGUUUCAGUACAAUGAGUCUAAACAGGAGAAAUGCUCAGCUGCUUCAGAUGAGGCAAGAGUGAACAUGUAAUUGCGUUUAAAUUAUUUUUUUAAUUGGCUCUCUGACCUUGUAAAUGGAUGAAUGAUGUUUCUGCACUUAAAGGGCAACUUGGUUUAUGUCUUAAUGUCGUUUUUUGCAGAUGCUUUGGCUGCAUAUCAUUAUUGCAAGCAUUCCCAGAGUCCUCCCAUGGAUGGCCUUCUUUCCUUUAAUCCUUAUCUUUGUUUUGUUUAUAUGAAUCAUUUGCCAACACUGAUGAAAGUAGCGGGUCAGUAUGUGAUUAGGAUGACUACUUCUGACCUGUGCAGACAAACCAAAGCCAACUGUUCAACUUCAUGUCUGUGAAAAAAAUAUGUGAUCUCCAGUUCACCUUUAAAUGCUGAGUGUGUUCGUACAUGUGUGAGUGUGUUUGUGCCAGACUACCUCUUUUAACCACAGGCACUGAAAUCUUUUGUUGAUCCGUAGAUUGGAUUUUAAUUUUAGCUACUGAUCUGUGCAAAUGGUUUGAAAUAUCUGCACACCACAUUACCCUAAUUUCAGAAAUGUCAUUGUUACAGUAGUUUACACAAUAUUAUCCUAAAACCAGGUAUUUUAAACACGGGCUGAAUCUGGACUCUUGUACAAGGAGUUUUGUUUUUAAUGUUUUGUGACAUGGUUUCUGGAAUUUUUGUCAUUAUUUUAAUGUUGGUUGCUUCAACAAAAUGGUUUGUUGCUUUGUAAUGACUGCUCUCUCGUGAAACCUGAACACCAACUGAGUUAGUAUUUGAUGGGGGUUUUUCCUGAAUGAAUAAAAUCACAGUUUGAGACAUGAAUGUUCAACCUUGUACACAUAAAACUCUUAUGCUA